ACGUUCUAAGCGGCAGGGCACCUGUUCGUGGCAACAGAAUCCAACAUGGAAACCGUUCGGAAAGAAUUGUCUGAAAUGAGUUUUGAAGAAUUGCAGAAACUUAAAAGCAAAAUUGGAGUUACAAUGUUUAAUAAAAUCUAUCGCAAACACAAAAGAAAGACGAAGAAAGAGAAGAAACCAUUGACCAAAAACCAACCAUUGGAAAUGUCCUCUAAGAAGCAAGUAUCCACAUUAAGACAUGUAGUUCCAGUUCGGAAAAAGGCACACAGAGAUCCAAGAUUUGAUGACUUAUCGGGAAAAUACAAUGAAGAUUUUUUCAAGAAAGCUUAUUCAUUUAUUGAUGAUUAUAAAGAAAAAGAGUUGAAGGUUCUUAAGAAGAAAAUGAAAAGAUCUAAAAAUGAAGACAAAUCAAAGAAUAUCAAAUACCUUAUAACAAGAAUGGAGCAACAAAAAUUGGCCUCUGAACAGAUUUCUAAAUCUAAAGACUUAGAGAAAACGUGGAAAAAAAAAGAGAAAGAUUUGGUUACUCAAGGAAAGAAACAAUAUUUCUUAAAGAAAUCUGACAAGAAAUUGCUCCAGAUUGCUCAAAAGUAUCGAGAAUUAAAAGAGAAAGGCAAAGUCGAAGCAUAUCUAAAGAAAAAGCGUAAAAAGACUCACAUAAAAAAUGAACGUUUCCUUUCACAAAUAAAAAAUUACGAUGAUUAAUGUU